GUUUGAGUAAUUUGCUGGACUGAUCAUCAGAGCUCGCAGCAGUGUAAGAAAAUGGCGUCUUCCGAUGAAGCUGACGACGACAAUUACGGAUACAAAAGGGAAAAAAAGGAAUACAUGCUGGAGACUAUGCAAUGCUUGCUAUUUGCUAGAGACAACCUCCCCCAAGACGUGUACCAUGAGUUCGUCAAGACAAUGACCGAGGUUUGGAAAAACUGUGCUGACCCUGAUGGUCAAAUAAGGAACAUCUGCCCUGAAAACUGCAUAGAGACAGUGUUGAAGCUAUUCCAGGGCUGGGCUACAGUUAAACAGAGCUUCCUGAACUUUACUGAAGGCCGUAGCCCUGUUGAAGGCAAUGGCGAUGUCGGAGCCGAUGUCGUCAACCCCUUGCUGCAGAAACCAAUGGAUUUUCUUUCCAGACUGAAGGCAUGCCCUAAAAUGAGAGACGAUGAUUAUGCCGCUUUUUUGCAAACCAUGCACGACUUUUGCAGGGACAGGACCAUGACUCCUCUAGAAGUUUACAAAAAUGUGAAGAGAUGCAUGCGUAACUGUCCUGAGCUGUUGAAAGAGUUUGUGGAUAAUUAUCUCCCUGCAGACCUAAAGGCCGUUCUAAGGGAUAAAAAAGUUGAUAAUCACAGCUUGGAUGGUAUCCAUAUGAAAGAAGGUUAUGGAGAAUGGCCUCACGCCGAAGAGGAUGAGGAAGACAAGGUUAAACCCUUGCCAGACUGGACUGCCUCAAAAGCUGAGAAAUUGCCCCCAGAAGUGGAUCCCAAAAAACUCGAACGAGCUUGCACUCCUAGCUAUUACCUGCUGCCAUAUAAUUUAACUCUUCAUUCAAGUUAUUGGACCAAACUGGGAAGGUCUAUUCUCAACGAUACUUUGGUUUGUUCUGUAUCUGGGAUGGAAAGCUCUAAGCACAAAGCUACAAAUGGUUAUGAGACAAACAUUUUAUACUGUGAAGAAGACAUGUUUGAGAGUGACAUGCUAUUACACCGGUUUCGUGCGACUGCAGACCUUAUUGCAAAUCUCCAAACUCUUCCUAGCAGCCGUUUGAGGAUAAAUGAGCAUUUAACUCCUCUACACAGGAGGUGCAUUGAAAAACUAUAUGAUGAUGAUCCUGACCUUGAUGAUCUGUUGGAGAGUCAGAAUACUAGUGCUGUUCUGGAUAUUCUACUUUCUCGUCUAAAUCAGAAGGUAGAAGAUUUAUCGGAGGCGCGCUCAUAUUUGCAUAAGGUGCACUGCUCACAAAUUAUUGCCAAGAAUUACUGCAGAUCGCUUGAUCAUCGUGGCACCUCUUUCAAACAAUUGGAUGCAAAGAGGAUGAGCCAAAAAGCAUUGCUGGCGGAAGCAAAUGAAAUGAAUAAAAAGAAGAAUGUUGGAGAUAAAUAUGCUGAUACUGACAUGCACAAUGACAUAAGCAAAAUAAUCUCUUCUGCAUGUGUGUCUGAAGAGAAGCAGGUGAUGAAUUGGGCAAAAAUAGUAUAUCCAUUUCUUUCUGCUCAUUGUCUAUGGCCUUCGUCUAAGGAAACUGUAGCUCCUGCAAAAGCUUGUGAACAUUGUGGUACCAGCAAAGAUUUUCUCAGUAGCAUACCCGAUGCUUUGCCUGCUAAUAAGCUUCCUUCAUUUUCCAAGAGAGGUGAAUUCACAAGGAAAAAUUCCAACGACUUUAGCUCGUCACAUGAUGGUUUUGGCCCAGGCAUUGAGGAGGGUGAGUUCAUACCCGAUCCAGAAAUCAUUGAGUCGGAUGCCAUGCUCGGUGCCGGAAAAGAACCAGUAAGUUGUGAUGUUGCUGCUUCCGGUAGCGAUGGGUUGAACUCUCGUUGUCGCAUAAUCGGUACUUCUGAACCUAGUACUUGUGACCACGGGAACAAAUAUGAGAAGCAGCAUGAAUCAAGGCAACACUCCAAAACGUCAGCUAAAGUGCGUGGUGUGAAAGGAGGCACUUGUUGUUUUCUCAUUGUGCUUCGCCGGCUUUACCAGAUUUUGUAUGACAGGCUACAAACUGCGAAAGGUUUAUGCACCGAUGAUCAAUUAUAUGCAGAAUUCAAGGAGAAAAGCAACAAGCUAGUUGCCCACUGUAUUGACAAUUCCAAUUUUGAGGACUUCUGCCUGAAAUUUCUUGGGCCAAAGUCCUUUGAACUUUUUACUCUGGAUAUAGUGAUAAACCGAGUUAUCAAGCAGUUGUGCAUAAUUUAUUCAAGAGACCAAGACAACUCGCUCUUUCAAUUCCUUGAGAACAUAAGAAGACCAGUCGUACCCAAAGUUGUUGUCCGGCAUCAAAACUUUCCCAACAAUCCAUCGAAUGGAUUGCUGAAGCAUGAUCAAGGGGAGCAAGAGAAAGAAGCUCUUGCUGCCACCGUAAAACGUCCGCUCCAUUUUGAGAGAAGGAAAAAACGCAAGUUGGAGAACAGUGCAACGAGUUCCUCUCAGCUUGGAGGAGUGACUGAAACUCCUAGUUGAAUGUUAUACCUUGUAUUUGUAACAUGCUACUCCCUCCAUUUCUAAAUAUAAGUCUUUUUAAAGAUUUCACGGGAGGACUACGUACGAAGCAAAAUGAGUGAAUCUACACUUCAAAAUAUGUCUAUAUACAUCCGCAUAUAGUCUUUUAAUGGAACCUAUAGAAAACUUAUAUUUAGGAACAGGGGGAGUAGAUGUAAUUAUUUGUAUGUUAUAUGGGAGACCAAUCUAAUAUUGGUACAAUUAAAUAGAGAAAUCUAUAUUUGUUUGUUAUGGUAAACUAUUCUAAUCCCAUCAAUUUAGUCAGAAAACAAAAAUCAUCAUUGGCUUUGAUAAGCGCAUUGUAAAUUUUCAUGGUAUGCUGUCGAUGUUAUUUUUGAGAAACAAAGAGCAUGCAGUUCAGUUAA